AUGGGUCGCGCUUAUGUUCAAUUCAAGAUUGAGUACAAUAUCUGGAUCACGCUGUUCCCCGAUGAGCUGUUCCCGGGCAAGGAUCCACUUACUGGACAAUUUACCUCCCUCACUGGACGAGAGAUUUUGACUAGACAUGAGAGUCAACAGGAGAAUGCUUCGAGCUCGUCCCGAUCUCGCUCCCCUUCUUCUGAGCCACCUCGUCGGCAAGCAAGAACUCGUGCCAUGACCAAUGUCCACGACAAUGGCAGCCGCAACGGCAACGCCACAAAUGGAGUUCGCCCUGAUGGCAACCGCUAG